AUGGAGGCGCACGGCGAGGCGGCGGGUGAGGCGGACUUGGCAGAGGUGGAUGCAGAGGUGGCGGCGCCCGAGGCGGAGAAGGAGGCGGGAGUGCCUGUCCGCUGCCUCGGCGAGGCGACGGCGAGGCUGAGUGUAGUGCCAGAGGGACAGGCACUAGAGGAGCCAUCACCGGAGGUUGGCGCCGCUGCUCCGGCCGACCUCGCCGAGUCCUUUGCGCCGCCAUCGGAGUCGCCGUCGCAGCUUGCUGCCGCGGCCCCCGAUGAGGACUCGAUCGGACCCGAGGACCCGAGCUCCGACUCCGUCUCCGACGAUGCGGUGUCGGGAGAGCCCCAGCCAGCGGUGGCGACCGUCUCGCUCGCCAACGCCGACUUCGACACUGGCCGGGCGGUUGUUCCUGAGUCCACCCUCGGCGGCGAGACCACAUGCAUCGUGUGUUUUACCAGGCCGAAGACGCACAUCGCCGUGCCAUGUGGGCACCAGUGCGCGUGCGGCGCUUGCGCGGAUCGGAUGCGCGACUGCCCGUACUGCCGCGAGCCGGUGAUGAUGUGGAUGCUGCAGCGCCUCGUGUAG